GUUAGGACGAUGAAGGCAAAAAUUGCCUGUCAUCUCUUGAGUGUGUUGCUUUCUCAUGUGGCUGUGGGCAAUGCUUGCUCAUCCUCAAGGACCAAUAAGAUUCAAAAUAAAAAUGUCAUAAACAUGUCUUCAUUUUUAACUUUUAGUUUCAUUCUGAAAGAUUUGAUUUUUUACUAGAGAUUUUGAAACUAAUGGUCUCCACUUUGGAAGAAUUGCAUAUUGGCAUGAGGUUGGCCAAGUAUUGAUGUAUGCUUGGACGCAUGAAUGCUCAUUCUUUAUAUCAUUAUUAAAACGGGGAAACCAGUUAUAAAAUUAUUAAACUACUUUUCCAUGAAUUGUUUACUUAUAUGUUAUUUUUUAUGUAAGAACAAACCACCUUUGGAGUUGUCAAGUUACAGUGGAAAGAGUCAGUGUAAGGUGGAGGGUGGGUGUUGGGAUGGGAAUUGCCAUAAAUAAGGCAAAUAGAAAGUUAAAACACAAAGGAACCCCAAAGCACAUCCACAACUACUACUGAUGGAGAACCAAGCCAACCAGGAUUCACCACCUCUACUAAUGUACAAUCUGUUUUCUUUCCCCCUGCUGAGUCUACCAGCCGUCUCCUGAGAAGUCUCUUCUGAAAGUUUUGAACACGAGCCUCUCAAAUGCAAAGAACUGAACUGUUGUGUAAAUUUGUUUGGCUAUAUUGGUUAUCAGUUUAGGCUUUGUUGUUAAGAACAACAUAAGUUUCAGAUGGAAACACUUCAGAAAAUUUCAUUUCUGUUAAAGAUUUCGUGAUAAAAAUAGUUAUUUUCAGAUAUUCUAAUAGAAUGGAAGUAAGCUGCCCUAGAAGGAAGAGGAAUCUGUAGAUCACUUUCUGUACAUGCUUUACAUUUUCUUUUUUUAUCAUUGUUAUUUUAUGGUAAGCACAACAAAAACCUAAUAUUUACUGUUUGUAGUGUUAGCAAUGAACUGUGCAGUAGAUAGGAUUAUAUAAGAACAAAUAAUUGUCAUUGUAGUUUUGUUAGACAUAGUGUUUCAAGGCUGCUAAAUUUGUAGUGAAACAUACCUGCACCCAUAUUCUGUUAAAAUCAUUGUAAUUACAGCUCUUGUUAGGCAUUAUAACAUUGAUAGGAGUAGGACCAAUCCACAAUGUGAUGGCUCAGUUUCAUUUUUCUAGGAAUAUUUUCAUCUCUCAAAAGAUGUCAAAUGAGAUGGUUACUGAUGAUUUUACAUAGUAACCAGUCACUCGUGUACAGAUUUUAUCCUAGGGAUAUCUCAUGUUCUGUUGUUGGUUGAGUAGGUUUAUAAACGCAAGUAGUAUAGUUGUGUUUUGUCACAAUUUUUUUUUUUUUUUUUUUUUUUUUUUUUUUUUUUUUUUUUUUUUUUUUAUAAGUUCAUCCUAAAAAAUAAACUAGGAGUGUACAGGAACAAAACUGGUUAUGUAUAGCUGUAUACAGUUAUCUAAAACAUAAGUUUGUCCUUAAGGAAGGAAGAUUGGUUAGAACUUUCCAUGAUUAACCAAGUUUCCUUGAGUCAUGACAUUGAAACAUUUGUAACCCAAAAGAAUGUUUUGAGGGAGGGGCUUUUAUUAAAAAUAUGGGACCUAUAAUUUGUGAUUUGUUAGGGUCAACAAUUGGAUACUAUUGGUUGGUGAAUUGUACUUCAGAAGACAAUCUUGCAAAGGAAAUAGCUUUGGUGGGUACAUAUAAGAGGAGGAAGUCAGUGGAAAGUUCUGUGAUGGUUAAUUUUUGGGUUAAUUGGGAGGGAAAUGUUUCAAGGAAAGGCCAUUUCUCUUCACAAGAACAUUAUCAUGAUGACGAGUGCAGUAAUGUCACCAUUAACCAUCUCAAGCAAUUGUCUUGUUGUAAAUGGGCCAACCUCUUUGUGUUUUGGGAUUUUCUAAAAUUAGGUGGUUUCUCUGUCUUUUUCUUAGUGAUUGCAAAGGGUGCUUACUUUCCAGAAAACAUUCAGGAAAUAAGCAAAAAUGACCUUGUCAUAAAUUUGAGUUAAGAUAUUGAUGAUAGGAGCAAUUGAGUGUAAGAGAGGCUCCCAGGUAAUGCAACAACAGAGACGCAGAAGCACUACGGUAAGAAGUAAACGAAUUAGCCUGGCCUAGGUUUCUACAAUGGGGCAAAACCAGGUUUGGGCAAGGGACAGGGGACGAUUGUCAUAAUGUGUGUAUGAUGAGUGUGAAAGGUACUACUGAAAGCCACUAAUCACAGAGAUUAUUUCUAGGGUUUCUUCCUCCUUGACAUAAGGGUGCGGCUGCUAGAGUUAUCUCCGGCACUACCACGAGGAAAGACCCCUGACAUGAAUGCUAGGACAUAUGCACACAUUAUCAAGGAAUCCAGAUUGCAGGGCGAGGAAGCAGUCAUACGGAAGACUAUGCAAGAACGAGCCAAGGAAGGAACCCUGCAACCAGUUGUCACAAAUGGUGAAGCUCAGAAAGCUGCUCCUAGAAAACGAGGACGAUGGGAUCAGACAGCAGAGGAUACACCUCAGACUAAAAAGAAAGCAAAUUGGGAAGCCGAGACCCCUUCAAUUGCACGUUGGGAUGAGACACCUGGCAGACCAAAGGGGUCUGAGACGCCUGGUGCCACACCAGGCCAAAGUACUCGCAUGUGGGAUGCUACUCCGGGUCAUGCUACGCCAGGCCAUGAAACUCCCGGUCACGAAAAAACGACCCCCUCUGCUCGUCGUAAUCGUUGGGACGAAACUCCAAAAACAGAUCGUGGAGAAACUCCAGGACAUAGCAGCGGGUGGGCUGAAACCCCUCGCACUGACCGUGGAGCUGGAGAUUUGAUUCAGGAGACUCCCACACCAAGUGCCAGUAAGCGACGUUCCAGGUGGGAUGAAACACCUGCCGCACAGACUCCAAGUGCAACACCCUCAGGUGCCAUGACUCCCUCAACACCACAUACCCCCAGCAUGACUCCAGGAAUGAUGACUCCUGGAGGAAUAACCCCUGGAGGCACAACCCCAGUUGGUCCAAAGGCCUUUGGUAUGGCUACUCCAUCACCAGCACAUGUUAAUAUGACUCCAGAACAGAUUCAUGCCUUCCGUUGGGAAAGAGAAAUUGAUGAAAGAAAUCGUCCAAUGACAGAUGAGGAACUUGACACACUGUUCCCCCCAGGUUAUGAAAUUUUACCACCACCGCAAGGAUAUGUCCCUAUCAGAACUCCAGCUCGUAAGUUAAUAGCAACACCAACACCAAUGAUGGGGACACCACAAGGAUUCUACAUGCCAAAGGAAGGCAUGACUCCAAAACAUGACGACUCUCAACCAAAAGGUAAUUUACCACUUCUUAAACCAGAAGAUGCACAGUACUUUGAUAAACUGUUGCAAGAUGUUGAUGAAGAAAGUCUUAGUCCAGAAGAGCAGAAAGAGCGCAAGAUUAUGAAACUGCUGCUCAAAAUAAAGAAUGGAACUCCCCCCAUGCGUAAAGCAGCCUUGCGCCAAAUUACAGACAAAGCUCGAGAGUUUGGUGCAGGUCCAUUGUUCAACCAGAUAUUGCCACUUCUUAUGUCCCCAACUUUAGAAGAUCAGGAACGUCAUCUGUUGGUUAAAGUUAUUGAUAGAGUUUUGUACAAGCUUGAUGAUUUAGUUCGGCCGUAUGUCCAUAAGAUUUUGGUCGUGAUUGAACCGUUGCUCAUUGAUGAAGAUUACUAUGCACGUGUAGAAGGUAGAGAAAUUAUUAGUAACCUGGCAAAAGCUGCUGGUUUGGCCACAAUGAUUUCCACUAUGAGACCUGAUAUUGAUAACAUUGAUGAGUACGUACGUAACACAACUGCUCGUGCUUUUGCCGUGGUAGCCUCUGCUUUGGGUAUACCAUCCCUCCUACCAUUUUUAAAGGCUGUAUGUAAAAGUAAGAAGUCAUGGCAAGCUCGUCACACUGGUAUAAAGAUUGUUCAGCAGAUUGCUAUCCUUAUGGGUUGUGCUAUUUUGCCUCAUCUCCGAUCACUAGUAGAAAUUAUUGAGCAUGGUUUAAUUGACGAGCAGCAGAAGGUACGAACCAUUACUGCCUUGGCCUUGGCAGCUUUAGCAGAAGCUGCUACUCCUUAUGGUAUUGAAAGUUUUGAUUCAGUGUUGAAGCCUCUGUGGCGUGGUAUUCGGCAGCAUCGAGGAAAAGGUUUGGCUGCCUUCCUUAAAGCUAUUGGUUAUCUUAUACCGCUUAUGGAUGGUGAAUAUGCUGAUUACUAUACAAGGGAAGUGAUGUUGAUUCUGAUUCGAGAGUUCCAGAGUCCUGACGAAGAAAUGAAGAAAAUUGUAUUAAAGGUUGUCAAACAGUGUUGUGCCACAGAUGGUGUAGAGCCUGGCUACAUAAAGGAAGAAAUUUUGCCUCACUUCUUUAAGCAUUUCUGGAACCAUCGUAUGGCACUAGAUCGUCGUAACUAUCGUCAACUGGUAGAUACAACUGUUGAAAUUGCCAACAAGGUUGGUGCCUCAGAAAUUGUCAACAGGAUUGUUGAUGACUUGAAGGAUGAAAAUGAGCAGUACAGAAAGAUGGUCAUGGAAACCAUAGAGAAAAUUAUGGCCAACCUUGGUGCAGCAGACAUUGAUUCAAGACUAGAGGAACAACUUAUUGAUGGUAUACUUUAUGCCUUCCAGGAACAGACUACUGAAGAUGUUGUCAUGCUUAAUGGUUUUGGUACAAUUGUUAAUGCACUAGGUUCUAGGGUAAAGGCUUAUCUGCCACAGAUUUGUGGUACCAUUCUGUGGCGUUUGAACAAUAAAUCUGCUAAGGUCCGUCAACAAGCUGCAGAUUUGAUAUCUCGUAUUGCCGUCGUGAUGAAAACUUGUCAAGAAGAAAAGCUCAUGGGUCAUUUAGGAGUUGUCUUGUAUGAGUAUUUGGGAGAAGAAUAUCCUGAGGUUCUUGGGUCAAUUCUUGGUGCAUUGAAAGGCAUUGUGAAUGUCAUUGGAAUGCACAAGAUGAAUCCUCCAAUCAAAGACUUGUUGCCACGACUAACUCCAAUUCUAAAGAACAGACAUGAAAAGGUACAGGAAAAUUGCAUCGAUUUAGUUGGCCGUAUUGCUGAUCGUGGACCCGAAUACGUCAGUCCUCGUGAGUGGAUGAGAAUUUGCUUUGAACUUCUAGAAUUGUUGAAGGCCCACAAGAAAGCUAUAAGAAGAGCUACAGUGAACACAUUUGGCUACAUUGCAAAAGCUAUUGGACCACAUGAUGUCUUAGCCACUUUACUCAACAACCUUAAAGUUCAAGAGCGUCAGAACAGAGUGUGCACUACUGUUGCCAUUGCUAUAGUAGCAGAAACCUGUUCACCUUUCACAGUCCUUCCAGGGUUAAUGAAUGAGUACCGUGUUCCAGAACUCAACGUACAGAAUGGUGUUCUAAAAUCACUUUCAUUCUUGUUUGAGUACAUAGGAGAAAUGGGAAAGGAUUACAUCUAUGCAGUAACGUCUCUUCUUGAAGAUGCCCUCAUGGACCGAGAUUUGGUUCACAGACAGACAGCAUGCGCUGCAAUCAAACACAUGGCUAUAGGGGUUUAUGGCUUUGGCUGUGAGGAUGCACUCAUUCAUUUACUGAAUUAUGUAUGGCCUAAUAUAUUUGAAACUUCCCCUCAUCUUGUUCAAGCUUUUAUGGAUAGCGUUGAAGGAUUAAGAGUGGCCUUAGGACCCCAAAAGAUCCUUCAGUAUGUACUUCAAGGACUUUUCCAUCCAGCCAGGAAAGUACGAGAUGUAUAUUGGAAAAUCUACAACAAUUUAUAUAUCGGAGCUCAAGAUGCACUAGUCGCUGGAUAUCCUCGGAUCAUGAAUAUGGGCAAUAAUGUAUAUACGAGGGAUGAAUUGGAUGUAAUAUUGUAGUCCCUUCUUGUUUGUUGAUGACCCUGUUUAUUUGAUGCUAAAAUUAACUGUUGGUAAUUUACAGGAUAUUUCUGUAGUGAGUAUUAAGGUGUCAUUUUUCAUGUAAUUUUUUUUACUGCCUUUAUUUUCAUCAUUUGCGCAUUAGAAAACAUUCUGAUUAGUUCAGGAAGUUUAAUCCUUGAGUUAUUAUUAAAGUUCGCUAAAGGUUUUGUUUUUGGUUAAGAUUUUAAGUUCCCCUGAACUUUGUUUGCACUUUGCUCCUGUUUUGCAGUAAUGCCAUCUAGAGGAAAGGUCACAGUUUCACACUGGGAGAACUGGAAACUCGAAAGGCAUUACAGUAAUUCCGGAUUCAGCUCUUUUGAGUUCAUUUGAAUGUGACCUGAGUAUGUUAUAAGUACAAAUUUGUACAAUGGAUAAAUCUUUGAAGUUCCAUGAACAAUAUUGUUAUAAUCAAACCUGUCUAUGGUAUUAAAUGUUUCCCUGAUAUUGGUUUGAAUGUUUUAAUCAUUCGUUAGGCCAGAUGUUUACACGUAUACUGGGACUGCAGACACUUUCGAUAGCAAUGUUUUGUUGAGGAACAUCAACAUGCUCUAGGUCCCAGGAUUUAAGUAAGUUUUCACUUGUUUUCUGUUUCUUGCAGUACAUAUCACUGGAAAAUUUAUGUGCAUUCAAUAAUCUCUACAAGUGUCAGAGCUUGUAGAAACCCGUAGGUCUCUCUCUCUCUCUCAAAGUUAUAAGAAUUGGGUGUAUUUUGCAGAUUAGGUCAUAUUUUUCUAAGCAGGUCAGAGCACACGUUCCUUUUUUGUACAUGAUUUCCUGAAUGAGAUUUACUUCACCUAACACAUGCAGUGCAAUUAUCAUCUUUUUUUCAUCUUGUAUUCAGUGCUGUGUGUGGACAUUUUCCCAUAAUAAGGAAGGAUGAUGACUGGGGUUUAGGUGAUGGUAGGGUAUUGCAUAGUGUUGAAGAGUCAAAGUAACGAGGAUUUAUAUGUAUAUAUUACAGUACUGUUAAUUCUUCUUUAUAAACAGGUACUUAGGGUGAUAGUGGACAUAAGGUCCUCUGUGAGUUUUGGAAUAACACUUUUAUUUAUUCAGUUGGCCAUGUUUGGUGUAUGAUUGUAUUUCCUGCAGAUGCAGUUAUGUCAUGUCAUCAUCAUCACAUUCAUUGUUUCAUCAUUUUAUAUAUACUUUUAUCAUUCUUUCUAGAUUUUAUUUCAUUACUCAUAGCAUUGUGCUUCCCCAUGGCAAGGGAAAUAAAUAUUCAUUAUA